AUGCAUUUCUCUCAGCUCAUCGCCACAGCCGCCCUCUUCACCCAGGGCACCCUAGCUGUUGGCAUCAAGAUCUACACUGGCCGCGACUGCACUGGCACGGAACAGACUCUCACUGUCGAUCACAACGCAGCCUGCAAUCCCAAAGUUCAACGUUUCCAGUCCUACAAGGAGAACGGAUUCGGGCCCGGCAACGGGCAGAGAAUUGCCUUCUACGCUCAGCCGAGUUGCUCUCAGGAGUCGUUCAUCUAUGACACCUACUCUAACAAUGGAGAUUACUUCCAUUCCAAGCAGUGCUACAAUAUCAACGGCCACUCCCCUGUCACGUACGCUCAAGGUGCUAAGCUCUAUUAG